GAUUCCGAGGCCCAGGCUGCUGGCUCGCCAGCGCACAGCCUGGAGAAUUGCUGGAAUGGUUCUCAGUUCGACUGGGCCUCGGAGGCCCCUUCCGAGAGUGAAGAUAUAACCAUGGAACAACUGGAGAAGGAUCUCGACGACUCUCCUCCCAGGGCCUCCGCCGUCCCGCCGCUUCAGCGCGUUAGGAAGCCUCUGAAGUCCUGCCGUGGCGAGGGGCCUCAGGCCUUAGCGACCUACGAGGCUCGUAAGGCAAGGAAGGGCCCUGCCGCUGGCUCUCAGGUACGCCAAGCGGCUCGCGGCUCCAGGGCACGUCAAUCGUCCGUUGGCACAUCGCACCAAGACGUCGAGCUUCAACCUACUUACGAUCUUCCUGACGACUCUGAGCCUUCCCCUCGAGAUCACUCUACCGGUCCUCUACCUCCUCCACAAGGUCGGUGCUCCCCGCAAGGGAAGGGCCCUGGGCCGGUUCCGGCGGCAAUGGUGCAGAUCAUUGCGCUCUUGCGCACCCUGAUUGGCACCUUGUCGCUGGGCCCCCAAGGGCCGGCCAUUAUGGCCCUACUAGACUCCAUUGUGGAGCUGGUAGAGGCCGGCCAGACGACUCUGCCGGGCCCCCUUUCGGCUCCGGUACCCCAGGCGACUCGUCAGCCGCAGCCUGCCACCCAACAGCAGCGGCAGCAGCAGCAACCCAGGCGCCAACCACCGGCUCCACGCCGCCAACCCCCGCGCCCUGCUCCACAACAGCAGCAGCAGCGUCCUCCUGCUCCCCGCCGUCAACAGGCCCCCACCAUCGGCAAUCGCCGCAACCCUCACGUGGCAGCGGCGAAGAAGGCGGCGGCCGGCGGCGAGAAGCCUGUGAUCAUCAUCCGGCCAUCGGGCCCUAACCCUCCAGCUCCUCUCUCCAAAGAGGAGUUUAGUAAGCUCAGGGUCUCUGCUCUUCAGGCACUUCCCGACCACGUGACAAUCACCGGUACAUUCCCGGUGGGACGCUCGUCCCUCGGGAUGUCGGUCAAAGACCGUGGGCAUCUGCCCGCGGUUUUGGCCAACUUAGGUACAAAACUCCGUGGAUAUGAAGUUGCUCCUAAGCAGAGCAGGGCGCCUCGAGUGAUUCUCUUCUCUCCUGCCCUAUCCAGGGACGUCUCUGCCACGGCCUUGGAGCGACAGCUGAAGGAGGAGAAUGAGGGCCUCAUCGGCCAAGGAGCGACGGGGCCUGCCGUGCAAAACCUGCACUGGCGUGGCCCCAACCUAGUGAUGGCGGUCUCUUCCGACUUUUUCAGGUCCUUGGAAGCCAGCGGGCAAAAGGGAGACCAACCAUCAGGCGACCAAUCCGGGCUGCCCUUCCGUCGAGGCACACUGCCGACGGAUGGCGGCAAGGACCAACUACGGCCCGGCCCCUGUGGCUCAGCGCUCGCAGCAAUGCUAGAGCUGCUGCAGCUCAACCUGGGCAAGCGGCGAGCAGCCGCCGAUCUGAUUUGCUCCUUAGGAGCAGAUAUAAUUUUAGGCCAGGAGUUCCCCAAGCAGUUUUCGCCUACAACCUACAGCUACCAUGGCAACAAAGAAGGCACUGCUAUCCUGCUGAAGAACGGCUUAUCUGGCACCACCUUGGUGGCUGCCAGAGACUUCUGCACCGUUAAGGUGCGAAGCUCGUCUAGUACUAUCAUCGUAGGUUCCCUCUACCUUCACCCCUCCGACCUACCUCGUCGGGAGAUGGCCCUUCAGCAUCUGGAGGAUGCUGUCUCCUCGGACGUUGGCCGAGGGAUGAUUUUAGGUGCGGACUGCAACGGAGCCUCAGAUCUCUGGGGUUCCCUGCCUCCCGCAAGGGUCCACCUACAGACCCUGGGCCAACUCGGCCCCAGCUGGCAGCGUGGAGAGGAGUUCCAGACGUGCUGCCAGCAGCACCGAGGAACCAUCCUCAACAGGCCAGACCUAUUCCCGGCCCCCACCUUUGUGGGUGGAAAUGGCUCAUCACACAUUGACGUGACGGUCGCCUUCGGCAGAGUCCCUCCACAUGAGUGGAAACUCUCCGAAGAGUUCUCAGGUAGUGACCACAGGAUAAUUCGGGUGUCUUUACAGGACACUCACGAGUAUACCAAGCGACCACAGCUGCGUCUCACCGACUUCAAGAAGGUUCGAGAAGCAGCAGCUGGCAUCCCGGACAACUCGUCUGCGGCGACCAUCUCGGCAGGUCUUUCAGAUGCUGUCGCUGCCCACACCCCCGUCAUGGAGGGUCGCGACUCCCCUUCGUGGUGGAGUCGCAAGCUGACGAAGCUGAAGCAGAGCCUCAACAAGGCUACCAAGAAGCUGAACAAGGCAAAGAGGGAUGGCAACCUCAUCGGAACCGAGCACUGGAAAGAAGAGGUAACCGAAAGGAGAAGACUUUUCAGGUUAGAAGCCCGAGCAGCUAAGAAGAGAGCGAGGGACCGCUUCUAUGCGUCCCUCCAAGACUUCUCCAAGUGCAUCCGACCGCCAAAGAGCAAGACAGCAGCAGCGAUUCUGAAUGGCGAUCCAAGCACCAACCAAGCAGCCCAUCUGCUGGAGAAGCUAUUCCCUCGGGACCCUAGGCGGUCCCAGGGGAUGGCCCAGGUUCGCGUCGGUGUAGGUCCGGCAGAUCGCAUCCCAGCUGUGACGGAACAGGAGGUCUUAGAAGCCAUCGGCCGUCUGAAGAUCUCUGCCCCUGGGAGCGACGGCGUCAAUGCUGAAGUCCUGAAGAAGACGGCGCCCGAGCUGGCGGCCAAAUGGGCCACGGCCUUCACUGACGUCCUUAGGUCCGGCGAGUUUCCUGCCGAAUGGAAGGAGGGCAAAUGCAUUGCCCUGGCCAAGCCCGGCCGCGACAUCUUCCAGGCCUCGGGCUGGCGCCCGAUCGUACUCCUUAGGUGCGCCUCGAAGCUGCUGGAGUCGGUGAUAGCCGAAAGGCUCAUCUACGGCCUAGGAGAGAAGUUCCGAGUGCCAGAGAUCCACGGCUUCUGCCGAGGCCGAAGCUGCGACACGGCGCUGAAGAGGAUCGUCGACGCCUACCGAGCUGGGUGUGGGAGGAAGGGUCACCAGACCCUCCUCCUCACACUGGACGAGUCCAAUGCCUUCAAUUCAGCGUGGCUCUUUUCUCUGCACCGUGAUAAAGUCCUGCUCUCCGGGCAACACGUCCAGCUGGAGUUUGGAGCGGACCAAGCGACCAUCUCGCUAGAGAGAGGGGUCCCCCAAGGAAGCAUCUUGGGACCCCUCCUCUAUGUUUCCCACUCCACCCUAUCUUUGGCGUCGCUGCUCCGGCCCAUCCCUGGCCUAACCUCGACUUUCUAUGCCGAUGAUAAGACCUUGGUCCUGACGACCAAGGGCGUCCGAGAGUUUAGGGAGCGAUGGCUGCAGAUCGAGACUCGGAUCUCGGACUGGUCAAGAGCCUCCGGGCUCAGCCUCAACCCCAGUAAGUGUUAUUACCUCUCGCCUGCAAAGCUUCAGGUAUCUGCGUUAAUGCUCGAUGGUAAGGCCAUCGGCCGCGCCAAGGUCGUCACCAUCCUAGGCCUGGCGGUGGACCAGCGAUUGCUCUUCGGGGAGCACAUCAAGCGAAAGACGGCCCAAGCUCGCUCCCGCCUAGGGCGAUUGCACGCCCUGGGUUGGGAACGGGCUGGGCUCGACACCAAGCGGAUACUGAAGACCUACCAGCUGGCCGUGCUGCCCUUCCUCGGGCACGCGGUCAGCAUCUGGGCGGAAGCACUGGAGGACCCGAAGCUGGCAAAAGCCGUCGAUAGCGUGUCCGGCCUGGCAGCGAGAAUAGCUAUUCGGGCCCCUCGCUCGGCUUCCCACGCCGCGGCGAUGAUGAUGGCUGGCGUCACCCCGGCUAGCAUUCAACUGAGAAUGCUGGCAGGGAGAUGCCGCGCCACCACAGGUACUCCCAGCGAUCUAGCAGCGGCCCUUGGGCCUGAGGCGGCGGAGUCGUCAUGGCGAGUGGACCGGCGAGAGACCCAUCCUCUCCCACCGUGGCUCCCCUCCCUCCCCGCCUCCAUCCGCCCCAGAGAAGAAGCGGUCGAACUGGCAUCCGCCUACCGAGGCCCCGCUAUCUACACGGAUGGCUCAAAGUUCGGCGAUAGCGCCGGCGGGGCCUUCCUGGCUGUCAAAGAAGGAGAAGUGGUGGAGCGCCAGGCCUUCAAGCUUGAGCGGUUCGCCACCAUUCACCAAUGCGAGUUAGAAGCCAUCCGCAGAGCCCUGCGAUGGCUGAGCCACUCGGCUCACAGAGGUAUAGAAUGGCUUCUCUUCACAGACUCUCAGGCCUCCAUCCGCACGAUCCGAGGCCGAGAAGCCACCGAGAGAUCGGCCAUCGCUCGUGACAUCGCCCAUCUCGGCCUACACGUCCAGGUGCAGCUGAACUGGUGCCCGGGCCAUGAAGGAGUACAAUGGAACGAAGCAGUGGACCAGCUGGCCAACACCGGCCGGAAGCAGCUCUUCCCCCUGGACCGGGGUGCUGCUAUGAUGGUUCCUCCUUCCUAUGUGAAGCACAUGCUCAAGACCCAGAUGGAGAAGGACACAAGGUCCUGGUGGCUUGACAAGCGAGCCACUCUGGGCACCAGCGUACGGGACUUCCUUUGGGGAUUUUCCCACGCCAGGAGAUUUUUGAAGGCUGGACACGCCCCCACACCCCACCACCGCCACACGAUGGGGCUAAGGACAGACCCGAGCUGCCCAUGUGGGCAUGCAGAUGGAGACGUCAAGCACAUCCUCAGAGACUGUCCUCUGCUGGAUGGCGCGAGACGAGACUCCAGGCUGCUCCAGGUGAUGCCCAAGUACGACUACAAAUUAGUCCUCGAUCGACGGUAUCGAGCGCCACUUCUGAAGAUGGCAAAGAUGACCUUCGAGUGGCUGAAGAAUCUCCGAGAAGCGGAGAACUCCUCUCAGCCAUAA